CGACUGAUAAUAGAUUCCUUUGAAGCUUUUAUAGUAAGAGCAUUCAGAUGAUCAAAUGGAGUGCAUGUACUCACGACCCAUUAUGGCGCAUUAAAGUGUCCUCUAAUUCCCGUCUCGUAUUACGAGCUCAUUGUUGAAUCUUUCCAAGUGUGACGCACCACACAAAAGAGAGAAGGGGCACGUCGGUUAAGCUCCCCCCAGUUUCAUUCUGCCACUUGGGAGAAAUAUUAACUAGAUCUCUCCUCUCACUGUCUCUCCUCCUAUUCCCCCUCUUCACUGCUUGCCCUCUAUUUAGGUCUGGAUCACAUUUAAAACCACAUGUUCCUGUGCGCAAGCAACUGAACCUGGAAGUCGGCAAGCAGGAAACGAGGUGACAGCAGAGUGAGACUGCAGCACAUGGGACGGGAUAGACAUGAGCUGCUCCCAGACGGUCUCGCACGCACUCGCGGCUGGAGAAGACUGGAUUUGAGCCUGUAGGAGAUUGCACAACCUAUUUAGUGGCACACAUCCGGAUCUGCUGUGCCAAGCCUGCCCUAUCCUAGACGGAUGACAGCACCCAGGUGUAAUCCUGACAGAGGAAGCUGAACGGAGAGAAAGAAACACAGCAGUUAAUUCCAAUCUGCUCCUCAGCCAAGUUCAAAGUGUUGCUCUUUUUUUAAGAGAAGAGCCCAUUUGGCUUCCAAACGGUUGCCGUGAGAGGUCUAGUGUCGGGCGUCUGAGCCUGCGUCUGUGUGGUCCUGUUUGAAAAACCUUUGGAGGGAGUUUCUUUGUGUGUACCCGGUACAGACUGGCCUCUCUUGCUGCUCAAUCGGUGAACUGUACCCUGGAGAGUACGUAGCAGGAUGAAGACACAGAUAUGUGCUGGACUCCACAUGUUGCUGCUCCUGUACGUCAGACUGAUGCUGGCCGUGGACACCUAUAGACCCCAGAGAGACAUAAACCAGGAGAAGUGGGAGCGGGAACUGAGGGAAGCUGCGAGUCUGGACGAGCUCCUGAUGUUGACAGAGUAUCCGGAUUGGAAGAUGUGGAGAUGCAGACUCAAGCUGAAGCACUUUGACUACGCCACACAGCCUGAAAACCGCAGGUCCACUCGAUACGCGGCCACCCCAUUCAGCCCAGAGAUGCUGAAAGAUAUUGAUGAGGAAUGGCAGAAGACACAAUGUAUGCCCAGAGAGACGUGUGUAGACGUGGCCAAAGAACUGGGCACCAAUACAGCUGUGUUCUUUAAACCGCCCUGCGUCUCUGUCUUCAGGUGUGGCGGCUGCUGCAACAAAGAAGGAGUUACCUGCCGUAAUAAGAGCAUGACUUAUAUCAAUAAAACUAUUCUGAGUGUGAGUCUGACACCGUUUAAGUCUGGGCCGGAGCCAGUGCUUGUGAAAGUAGCCAAUCACACUGAGUGUAAGUGCCAGGAACACACGCUGAUCCGCAGACAUGUUCGUGAGAAGCACAAGAAGAACCGUUAUUCAAAUAAGGCAGAAGACAUCAGAAGGCAGUGUAACAGAGGGUUAAUAUGGGACUGGAUGUCAGAGCAAUGUGUGACGUACCCCUCCGGUAAACAAGAGCCACCAUCCGGUGACAUCAGUACAGAGGACUGUGAGAUCGAUUCAGAGACCUGUGAAUGUAUUCCAAAAAUAUGGACACACAGAUUACAUCACACGUGACGCAACUCAAGAAAUCUUUGUGAGCUGCAAGAGAGAAAACAAGUUACGAUGAGCACAGCGCCCUGACAAUCUGCAAGUGCCAAAUGCAGAGAUCGCAAACGCCAUUUAAUUUAUUUACCUCUCUAUUUAUAUCAACGUCCUGUUAACGUUAACAUUUAUUUCCAUAUCUCAUCAGUAACGUGGCAGCGAUAACCCUCCUAAACAUAAAGUCAGUGCUGCUUUUCUGUCUGAAUUCUUAUGUAAAUAUGAUAUCGGUUGUGAAUGUCUCUAUUGCACUGAACAUUUCACCCUAAAGAAUGUCUGUGGAGUUUCCUAAAUAUAAAUAUUUUAGAUAUAAACUAUCUCUAAGUGUAAACAAGCAAUGUUCACUGAUAUAGUGACUCAAAGUGGAGUCCUUUCUUUCUUUUCACCCACUGAAAUGGUUCCACGGCAGAGGAAUUCCAGGUCUGUAGAUGUUGUGGAUCAUUUUGAAGGCAUCAGAAAUACUUGAUUAUAAUAAUUUGCAUUGGACUGAUUUUCGAAGGUACGAAUAGCCGGUAGCCUCUUUUAAAUUGAUGUGUUCAUCAUCGAGCAUGCUGCCAAAAUUGUAUGUAUUAAUGAUAAAAGCUGACUAUAUAAAAACAGUAAAUUCAAUAAGCAGGACUGUUAUUGUGAGCUAUGUUUUUCAAGUUCACGGAAAGAUAGAACUCAACCUAGGUUUGACUGUGCACUUUUAACAUUCAGCUCAAGAUAACAUAUCAAUACUAUGCUAUUCCCACAGACACUCUGCUACAGUAUAUAGCACUAAAAUUGGUUUUUGGAUCGUAAUCAUAGGGGAACCACUUUUAGCGCUAUAAAGAACCAUAUUUUGGUGCUUCAGUGGUUCUUCAGCAAGGAACCUGAGGUGCUAUAUAGAAGAAGAACCAUACAUGGGCUUAACAGCGGAAACUGUGCUUUAUUUGAAUUGAAUCAGAACCACUGAAGCACCAAGAUAUGGUUCUAUAUAGCACUAAAAGGGGUUCUUUGCUUGUAACCAUUCAUAGGGGAACCACUUUUGGUGCAAUACAUAGCCCCAUAUCUUGGUGCUUCUGUGUGUUUUUCUUUGGGUGACAGGGUUCCUAUAUUCAAUUUAAUUCUAAUAUAGCACCGUUUCUGUUUAAAGAACCUGUUUAGCCCCUGUGUGGUUCUUCAGGGUUAUUUUGUAUGUGUUUACUUCUUUAAAAGGUUGCAUUGAUAAACUUCUAUUGGUGUUAUCUCAUAUCGAGCUACAGCAGACUGAGAGGAGAGGUGCUGCAAUAAUGUGAAAUUAAAAUGUGCUCUUUAAACUAUCCCACAUGAAAAGGUAUUCUACACAUUUAUAUUUAAGCAUUUAGUAAAUAAGACACUUUAACUUCAAAACAAAAUCGAACUUUAAGUGCUUGUUCCCCCAUAUUGUAAAUUCUGUCUACAUUUAGGCAACCUCAAGCUACUUCAAACCUGUACAUUUUAUUGUAAUAGUGUACACGAUAAAGAUAUUUGGAAGAAUGUUUGUAAACUAACAGUUCUGCGGCACCAUUUGCUACUAUACUGUAGUGGUAAACGAAACUACAGUCAAUAGUGUCACAGAACGGUUUGGUUUCACACAUGCUUCAAAAUAUCUUAAUCUGUGUUAAACAGAUCAAAGGAGAUUUGAAACAACUUGAGGGUGAGUAAAUGAUGACAAACCUUAAAUUUGGGGUGAACUGUUUCUUUAAAAGGGCAUAACAUGAUCCCUUUAAGAUCCUCUUAUCAAUGUUUUUGACAGUACGGUAUGUGUCUUGCAUCUGAUUCAGACUGUCUAAACUGUCUUUUGCACCUACACAUACUGUUUUAAAAUGUAUGGUUAAACAAGUCUUCACAUAAAACGUUCUGUUCAGUAAAAUGUUGUUUGUUAAGUGACUGCUCUUUAUAAAGCAGUAUCCCCUUGAAUUAAAUAAAAUACAAUUCCUAACA